AUGGCUCCCAGUAAACACGACCGCUUCUACUUCGACGACGGGAACGCUAUAUUCCUGGUCGAGGAGACUCUCUUCAACGUCCAUCGCUACUUCCUCAAGCGUGAUUCACCUGUCUUCCAGGACAUGUUCUCCAUGCACUCCGACGAGGGGCGUACCGAUGACAACCCGAUCCUGCUCGAAGGCACGAAAAGCGCCGACUUUGCGUGCCUGCUCGCAUGCCUUUAUCCAAGCUCCAUCGGGGAGAUCGAUGUCCUGCAGGCCGAGGAGUGGGCCGCUGUCCUCGACCUCGCAGUCAAGUGGCAGUUCGACAGCGUGCGCAAGCUGGCUGUGAAGCAGAUGAUGAGGGUUCACGUCGACUCGCCUACGCUGGCGCUGCAGAUCACGACCGCGCGCAGACAUCAGAUGCACGACUGGUAUCUCGACGCGGUCUUGAAGAUGUGCGAGCGCAGCCGUCCGAUCUCUCCUAGCGAAGGAGAGCUGCUCGGGCUGCUGGAGACCAUCCGUAUCUCUGCCAUGCGUCAGAAGCUGCGUCAAGUCAACAUCGUUCCAGGGUAUCGGGCACCGCCGCCGCCGCCGGGGAGCCAUUCGAUAUAUAGCACCAUGUCCACGAUCGACGUACCUUACCAUGAACAGCUGAACAUCAGGACUGAACUUGGUCUUCCUGUGGAGAAGCCUACACCUCGAACAGAGAGCGAGGAUUUGCUAACUUGGUCGCCCACCGGGUUUCAGUCAAUGCCAGCGUCUAGGGCACCCUCUCCUAUACCCUAUAUUCCCGGCUUGUAUGACUGA